AAUUAGGAUGGGGCUGCUGGGUGGCAUGCGUAGGGAGAGGCCCUCAGGAUGGAUAUGACUGUGGGUGGAAGCUGGGGAUUAGGAAGGAAAAGCUGAGCGGACAGGAGACGCAGACGCCUGUUCCUCAGGGAAGCCAUGUGGAGGGCUGCCAGUGGGGAAGAUUGGGUGACUGAGCCAUGUCCAGGACAUGACGAACAGUUCCCACACUAUGAAGACCGGUGUGUUCCUCCUGCUGGUGAGCCUACUGUGUGCAGAGAAAGCUCAGGGGUUGAGCUGCUACCAGUGCAUAGGGGCCGCCAAACCUGAGACUUGCCAACCAGCCACCUGCUCCUACACUAACGGCGUCUGCGUUACUCAGGAAAUGGAAUCCACUGUGGAAUCUUACAAAAUGACAUUAAUAAGCAAGUUCUGCUCUCCCACCUGCCCCGAUAAGGAGUAUCCUGAAACUCUGGAAGUCCUGGGCUUCACUGUCAACUCCAAGAUUUUCUGCUGUAACACAGACCUCUGCAAUGCGACAGGCGCCACUACAGACCUCUUCAAUGCAGCAGGUGCCACUGGGGGCAGCAUUUGGACCCUGGCAGGGGUGCUUCUGUUUAGCCUGGGGUCGGUUCUCCUGAAGGCCUGGUUGUGAUGGUCCUUCCUGCCACUCCGGCCCUCAUCUUCCUAUCCUCUCCUUCCUGGAGCCCUCUCAUGAUGAAUUAUGAGUUAUAAAAACCCUGAAGUGGGGUUAGGGUGUGGGCCACUCUGCUUCAACUUUAUAGCCCCCAUCACCACGUCCUUCAGAAUGCCAUUCUGCUGUGGCUUGCUGUUCUUGGUUCUGGAGGCAUGUGGACAGUACCGGGAAGGGGAAGGAUUCCAAGGCAUUGUGCCCAUGCUGUUUACACACGAAUCUCUGGGCGCCUAUGGGUUUCCCCUACAUGCUGCUCAAAGUUGAUUUCAAUAAACCCUUUGUCUUCCUAGCCAAGAACUUCACUUUUCUUUUGCUACCCUGAGUCCACUGAGGCCUGACUGCUGACCCACAUCUCUGCCCUUUCAGCCAGUCCCAUAGCUAUCUUAUGUUACCCAGAUCGCAGUGGUGUAUCCCUUGGUUUGGGUGGGCCUUCCCUCAGAGCUGAUACUGGGGGCAGAGAGAGGGUUCCUCCAUUUCCCAAGAGCCCUUGAUUGUGUUGGGGGAAGGGAUCAGCCAA